GACAUGGAUGAAGAGACUCCCCUGCUGAACAAUGGACCAACAUCUGAAUCGAGGAUCAAUAACUCCAAACUGUACCUGGCCGUCUUCGCAGCCGUCCUGGGAAACUUCAACUUUGGUUACUCCCUGGUCUACUCGUCCCCGGUCCUGCCGAAACUCAAGAGCCCGGAUGCUGACCCUGAGCUCAGGAUGGGUACAGAAGAGGCUGCCUGGUUCGGCUCCAUCUACACACUGGGUGCAGCAACCGGAGGGCUGGGGGCCAUGCUGCUCAACGACAUGGUUGGACGGAAGCUGAGCAUCAUGAUGUCAGCAGUGCCGUCGACUAUUGGGUACAUGCUGAUGGGAGGUGCUUUCAACUUGUGGAUGCUCUAUGUGGGCCGUUUCCUCACAGGCCUUGCUGGGGGGAUGACCGCAGCAUCCAUUCCUGUUUACAUCUCAGAGAUCUCUCAUAGAGCAGUGAGAGGAGCUCUGGGCUCCUGUCCUCAGAUCACUGCUGUGUUUGGGGCCUUGGCCCUCUACGCCAUGGGUCUGGUGGUACCGUGGCGGUGGCUGGCUGUAGCGGGGGAGGUGCCAGCUGUGCUGAUGGUUUUGCUGCUGGUGUUCAUGCCCAGCUCUCCCAGGAGGCUCCUCGCUCUGGGCAAAGAGCAGCAGGCAGAGAAGGCCCUACGUUGGCUCAGGGGAAAUCACUGCAACAUACACAACGAGCUCAAUGACAUAAAGCACAGCAUCAACACACAGGGAAAAGUCACAUGGUCGCAGCUGGCCACACCCAUCUACUACCGGCCAAUCAUGAUCUCAGUGGUGAUGCGUUUCCUGCAGCAGAUGACAGGCAUCACGCCCAUCCUGGUCUACCUGGAGCCCAUCUUUUCCCAAAGCAAAGUCUCCCUGGAGCCCAGGUAUGAUGCUGCCAUUGUAGGUGCAGUCCGCCUCUUUUCUGUUGCCGUGGCAGCCUGUUUAAUGGACAAGGCAGGACGCAAAGCCUUGUUGUACACGUCGAGCAUGCUGAUGUUUCUGUCUGCUCUGACUCUGACCAUGAUCUCACACACCACACCUUGCCCUCCAAGCCCCUCCCCUCCUAAUCUCACCGGGAGUCUGGACUACAGCUCCCAUAAUGCCAUUGAAAACACUAUGGAUGGAAGCCACCAAACUGCAGCGGGCCUGAUUCCUCUCAUUAGCACCAUGGUGUUUAUAUUUGGAUACGCCAUGGGAUGGGGCCCAAUCACCUGGUUGCUGAUGUCAGAGGUGCUGCCGCUGGUUGCCAGGGGCGUGGCUUCGGGUCUGUGCGUGGCUGUCAGCUGGCUGACGGCCUUCAUGCUCACACAUGCCUUUACACACCUGGUGGACAAAUACGGCCUGUAUGUGCCCUACCUGUGUUUCACGGUGGUGUGCGUGCUCUGUCUGCUGUUCAACGCAGUGUGCAUCCCAGAGACUCGCGGCCGCUCACUGGAAGAAAUAGAGAACUAUUUCAGAACAGGACGUUCAUUCACAAUCAACAGGAGUCAUUCUACUGCAGAGUCAACCUGAAGCUGAAAGAGUCACAUGAUAUAUAUAUGUAAACAUGUUGCCUAGUCUGAUUAGCUGUUCAUCAUAAUGUAUAUAGAGAUUGACAGGACUCAAAGAUUACAAUACAAUAUUUUCGUCCAUGUUGUAACAUACAUGCAAACAUACAUGCAUACAUGCAUACACACAUACAUACACACAUACAUACAUACAUACAUACAUACAUACAACAGACUGAAUUUGAUGCAAACAGUGUAUGUAAUCAAACAAUGCAAUUGCUCAGAGCAAUGAAUACCAAGUCUGUGUUCCUGUAGGAGGGCCUACUUUUGUUGCAGGUUAGGUUAAUUUUUUAUUUCACUAUUAAGUUAUGAAAGGUCAGAAAUACAGUGUAAUUAUCAAUAAAAUAAGUCAAGUGUGUAUGAAUUGAAUCAUAUUUUUAUGUUACAGUUAACUGACUUUAAAAGCUACAACAUUUUU